AAGUUGUAACUUGUAACGGUGGCUAAAUAGUCUCCAGCCCCUCCUCCCACCCACCUUCCCAAAAAUUCUAUAAAUCCCCCUCACCCCAUCCCCAUUUGCUUCACUCAACUGCCUCACAUUAUUUUUUCACCUCUUGCUUCUCACACUCUAAUCUUCAUGAAAAUGGCUUUUGCUGGGUUUUUCUUGGUGGGUUUUCUUGCAAUGGUCUCUGCUGUUCAUGGAGAUGGUGGUGGUUGGAUUAAUGCGCAUGCGACCUUCUAUGGUGGGAGUGAUGCUUCAGGAACAAUGGGUGGAGCUUGUGGUUAUGGAAACUUGUAUAGCCAGGGUUAUGGGACAAACACUGCAGCUUUGAGUACAGCUCUGUUCAACAAUGGGCUGAGCUGUGGGUCUUGCUAUGAGAUUAAGUGCGUGAAUGAUGGGAAAUGGUGCCUGCCUGGCUCCAUUGUGGUCACAGCCACCAAUUUCUGCCCUCCAAACAAUGCUCUCCCUAACGAUGCAGGAGGCUGGUGCAACCCUCCUCUGCAUCACUUUGACCUCUCUCAGCCUGUCUUCCAACACAUCGCUCAAUACAGAGCUGGAAUUGUGCCUGUUGCAUACAAAAGGGUACCAUGCAGGAGAAGGGGAGGGAUCAGGUUCACAAUCAAUGGCCACUCCUACUUUAACCUAGUCCUCAUCACCAACGUUGGCGGUGCAGGUGACGUGCAUGCCGUGGCCAUCAAAGGCUCAAGGACUGGUUGGCAGCCUAUGUCCAGGAACUGGGGCCAGAACUGGCAAAGCAACACCUAUCUCAACGGCCAAAGCCUCUCAUUUAAGGUCACAACAAGCGACGGCCGUACUGUGGUCUCCUACAAUGUUGCCCCAGCUGGCUGGUCCUUCGGGCAGACCUUCACUGGCGCCCAAAUCCGCUAGACCGAGCACAUCUCUUUUUCUCGCUUUAUUAAAUGCUAGCGUAUACCAAGUAUUAGCUAGCUUGACUUUUAGUACACCUAGCUAGGGAUUAUACUAUUUAUGAAGAGGCCAUGUCUUGGGCUUCUUGGGUCAGAAGUGAGAAAGGGCUUAUUUUAAAAUAGCCUCUUUUCACUUUGGUUUUUUUUUUAGGUAUUUUAAGGGUUAUUUUUCCUUCUGUUUGUAAAGCAGGAGAUAGCAGAGGUGGUCUUUUACCACCCGCCAACUAGUAAUAGGUACUCUUUUCUCAUUUUUAGCCACCUUGGCAUGAUGGUGAGAAUGUAGAAGCAUUGUUUUGGCUUUGGAAGGUCAUUCCGAUCAGCUUUGGCUGAAUUAUGGUCCUUGGGGUUUAUAUAUAUAUAUAUAUGUAUGAGAGUAAUUUGUAAAGUUGCAAUUUCCAUCUAGUAUUGGAAAGUAAAACUCUUGAUUUAUAA